AUGAGAGCAACUCAUAGUAGAUCAGUAGAUGUUAAAACUGAAUCAACAAUAAAUAUUAAAACAGAAUCAACCACAAAAGUUAAAACAGAAUCAGCUAUAGAUAGAUUUAAAUCAAAGUCAAAAAAAACUAAAAAACACCAUAAAGUUGUAAAAAGUAAUAGUGAUAAUGAUAAUGAUGAUCACAGCAAUAUUAAUAAUGAAAGAAAAAAAGUAAAAAAAAGUAUUACUAGUCUUAAAAAUAAAAAGAAACCAAGUAAAAUUAAAAAAGAUUUAGAACCAGUUGUUGAUCAAAGACAAAGGGAUACAGCAAAAAGAGCUAAAGAAUUAAAAUAUUUAGAAGAUAAUAGAGUAUUGGAAGGUGAGAAUUUCUAUGAGAAUGUAAAGUUAUUAGAGACACAAACAAAGAAAAAUUAUAAAUUGAAUGGUGAAAUAUUAAGGAAAUUAUCAGUUGAUAUCAAUAAACUCUCAGAGAGGGUUAGAUGUUAUAGAGAUCGUACGAUCAUUUUAAAGAGAUUAGAAGAAGUGAUCAAAAGAGAAACAAGUUUAAAUAAAUUUGGUGAAAUUAAAGUUGAAAUAUUUGGUUCAUCAUCGACUCAAUUAGCAUUGAAAAAGAGUGAUGUUGAUAUUGUGAUGAGCUUCGAGACAGAGUUAACCAAAAGGAAUGAUAUCACCAAAUGGUGCUAUCAAUUCUCUUCGAUUUUAAGAGCCAAUGGGUUCUAUAACAUCAAACCAAUCAUACAUGCAAAAGUUCCAAUUGUGAAAUUCUUUGACCCAAAAACAGAGUUUCAUUGUGAUAUUACAUUAACCAAAGACAGUGGUAACACUGGAGUGGUUAAAGAGUUUUGCCAAUUAUUGCCCAUCCUUCCAGUGUUAAUCAUUUUUUGUAAGAAUUGGGCAUCGGUUUUAAAUAUAAAUGACGCAUCUCAAGGCACAUUAUCGUCCUAUUCAAUAACGAAUAUGGUGAUUUUCGUAUUACAAAAGAAGGGUCUAUUACCAUCGUAUAAAGAUAUUCAAAGUUUUAAAAACUCUUCUAAAGAGGUUCAAUACGUUGUAGAUAAUAGAGAUAUAGCAGAUUUAUUAGUUUACUUUUUCAAAUACUUUGGUUACAUAUUUGAUUAUCGUAAUUCAAUGGUGAAUAUAUUGGAUUAUAAUAAUGAUAAAAAGGAACCAAUGGAUGCAGAAGAAGAAUUAAAAUUUCAAAAUAAUAGAGAAUAUGAUAAUAAAAAUCAUGUUUUACCAUUGGUUGAUAUGAAACUUGGUGAUACAAAAGAUUUAUUUUUUAUUAAAGAUUGUAUUGCUGGUCAUAAUAUUACAAGAUGUAUUUUAAGAUCUCAAUUAUUUACACUUAUUAAAUAUUUUCAAAAAGCUUAUUUAAAUUUAAUAAGUGGAAAAUUACCAUAA